CUAGUUUGAUCUCUCCUCCUCCAUCCGGCCUCUCCCCGCACCUCAGAUGUCCGAACCCACGGCCGAGGUCGACGCCAGGGCGGCCGCCGCGGCCACGGGCGACGCCGGCAGCCUCGCGGAAGGCGGGCAGCCGCCGGCGGUGAAGGGGGGCGCCACCAUAUCCGCGUCGGUCGUCCUGCUCGCGGUCCUGGCGGCCUCCGUCGCGGCGCUGCUGAUGUCGUCGGUGCCCCGCGCCGGCGACGGAGUAGGCGAGGGCGUCCUCGGCAACGGGGUGCAGGGCGCCGGGGAGGCAGCAGGGAAGCGCGCCGAGCCCGUCGAGCACGCGGUCGGCGACGCCGGCAUCCCGGGGUUCAACAGCCGGCUCGACGCGUUCCGCGCGUGGGCGAGGCUGACGUGGAUGAAGCUGCGGCGGCCGGGCGCCGACGAGCCUCGGUACGGCGACGCCGCCGCCGCCGGGAGCGCCGGCUCUGUGGCGGACGCGGCCAAGAAGAGCUUCAAGACGGGCAAGGAGACGGUGGAGCAGGCGGCGGCAACGGCGGCGAGGGCCACGGGGGACGCCGUGGAGGCGACCAAGGAGAAGGUGAAGCGAGCUGCCUCGCCGUCCUCCGACGACUCGGAGCUGUGAGCAAAGCAUGCCGCGUUCAUUGGCUCCGUGUUUUGUAAAAAACAGUGUUAUGCAGAUGUGAGAUGUAUGUACUCCAGUUUCUCUUUUUCUACAAAGACUUGUUACUCUGUGUGUAGCUGACAGCUGUUCGUGUGAAGUGUGUGCACGGGACUUGUGUGUUUGUGUCGUGUCUGGGUCGUGCGCGCGCGCGUGUAUAUUUACCCUGUUGGGCUGGUUGGUUCCGGCUGGCUGAUUCACUGUAGUA